UUCAAGGUUUUUGUAUUUCCUGUGAAAUCGUUCUAUGGCUUAAUUAAACAUAUUUCACAUUAAACACUGAUUUAUAUAUCAUAACAGAAUAUCAGACGACAUCGUCACUAAAGAAUUAUGAUUUUUACUUUGGAUAUAUCACCAAUACUUAUUAACUUUUAAAGGCUAAAGGAACAUUUUAUACAGAACGCGUAGUCUACUGAGUUUUAUCAAAUCUGUGGUAGAAUUACUGUGAUAGGUUUUUUUCUGAACUGGAAUGUGUACAAGGUGAUCUUGGAUUGAAAUUUAAUUCAGAUCAUGAAGUAAUUUGCAGCAUUUACAGUUAUUGAUUGACAUCACAGUUGAUAGAAAGAUAACCGAUGAAAUAUGUGUUAGAUAUUAAAUAUAUGUGUGUAUAUAUAUAUAUAUAACUAUUUAGAAGGAAAACACUUGUAUAUUGUGGUGAAAGGAGAAAAAUUAUGGAAAAUGAAUUGUGUGAGAGCACAGUUAAGUGUGAGACACAAACCGAAUGGAUUGAUUUUUCUAAUGAGAUGCCGAAAGACACAGAAAUAGCAUUAUACCAGUGUGAUAUCUGUAAAAAUACCUUCUCUCAAAAAUGUGAACUUACUACACACCAACUUAUUCAUACAGGAGAGAUAUCGUAUGACUGUGAUAUCUCCGAGAAAUCCUUCCUUGAAGAAAGUGCAGUGACUGAGUACAAAGAUAUUUAUACAGGAGAGAAGCCAUAUCAGUGUGAUGUAUGUGAUAAAACAUUCUCUCUAAAUGAUCAUUUAAUUAAGCACAAACGUGUUCAUACUGGAGAGAAGCCUUAUCACUGUGACAUCUGUGGUAAAUCGUUCUCUCGAAACCAUCAAGUAACUGAACACAAACGUAUUCACACAGGAGAGAAGCCGUACCACUGUGACAUCUGUGGUAAGUCAUUUUGUCGAAGUACAAACUUAACAACUCACAUACGUGUUCACACGGGAGAGAAGCCAUACGUCUGUGAUAUCUGUGGUAAAUCAUUCUCUGUGAAAAGUACCUUGGCUGAACACAAACACACUCAUACAAGCGAGAAACCAUAUCCCUGUGACACCUGUAGUAAAUCUUUUGCUCGAAAGCAUGACUUAACUGUACAUCAACGUAAUCAUACUGGAGAGAAGCCAUAUCACUGUGAUAUCUGUGGAAAAUCCUUCUCUCGAAGCCACCACUUAAGCGAACACAAGCACAUGCAUACAGGCGAGAAGCCAUAUCACUGUGAUAUCUGUGGUAAGCCGUUUUCUACCAGCAGUACCUUAACCAAACAUAAACACCUUCAUGCAGGAGAUAAAACGUAUGCCUGCGAUGUCUGUGGCAAAUCAUUCUCUGGAAGUAGCAACUUAACUGAACACAUACGCAUUCAUACGGGAGAGAAACCAUAUCACUGUGAUAUCUGUGGUAAAUCGUUCUCUCUAAAAGGUAACUUAACUGAACACAAACGUGUCCACACUGGAGAGAAACCGUAUCAGUGUGAUAUCUGUAGUAAGUCAUUCUCUCAGAAAGGUAAUUUAACUGAGCAUAAACACAUUCAUACAGGUGAGAAACCGUAUCACUGUGAUAUCUGUGGUAAAUCAUUCUCUCAAAAGUGUAAGUUAACAGAACACAAACAGAUUCACACAGGAACGAAGCCACACCAUUGUGAUAUCUGUGGUAAGGCAUUCUCUCUAAAACGGAACUUGACAAAACACAAACACAUUCAUAGAGAAGAGAAACCAUAUCAUUGUGAUGUCUGUGGCAAAUCGUUUCCUGUCAAUUACCAUUUAACCAAACACAAAUAUAUUCAUACAGGUGAGAGGCCACAUCACUGUGAUAUCUGUGGAAAGGCAUUCACUCAGAAAGGUAAUUUAACUGAACAUGUUCGUAUUCAUACAGGUGAAAAGCCUUAUCACUGCGAUAUCUGUGGUAAAUCAUUUUCUCGGAAAAGACUAUUAGCUACACAUGUGUUUAUCCAUACAGAAGAAUAAGUGGUUCUCUGUUGGUUAUGACGACAAGAGUUCCAGUUGAUCCAAACCAGGGGUUUUCAAACUGUGGUCCGCAAGGACAAGACAGGGGGUCCGUGGACAGCAAAUACUUUUUAUAUAUGUUUUUUUAAUCGAAAUCUUUUAAUUGACAAGUCAAAAAGUUUGAAAACCCCUGAUCCAAACAACAGAACAACCUACUUGUGAAAUUAACAUGCAAGUGGCUGAGCACUCCACAGACAUAUGCACCCAUAUAUACCCCUGGUUGCGUAAAACCUACUCCAACUUGUUUAGACAUGAAUUUGCCAGGAAGUAUCUGACUGAGCACACAAAAUGUUCCAUCAGUAGUCGACACCUGUAGCUAACAGUUGCAUAAUGUCCUUCUCUUCCAGAUUGUGAAAGCUUACCAUAACAUUUAAUCUAAAUACAGUGAAAUUUUAAGAAUGCAUUUUUUUUAUAUGAGCACAUAUGGGUUCACCCUUUAGUGUUUAAACCGGCUAUAUCCGGCCCAAAUAUUCUACACAUUUUAUGCUCAAACUGGCCAGAACCAGCCUCUCACACCUACCUUGCAAUGUCAUUCUAAAAAUAAGCAAUUACAUCUUAGAAAUCUUGAAGCUGCAAAAUAAUAUCAGAUAAAUUUUUUUAAAUGUGAAUAAAUAAGGAUUACUUUUGACAAAUUAAUCUGAACGCUAAAGGGUUAAUGCAGUUCUCAGGGAGAUUUAGUAUGACACAGAAUGCUACGUUCUGAGUUCAAAUUCCACCGAGGUCGACUUUGCCUUUCAUCCUAUCGCGGUCGUUUAAAUAAGUACCAGUUACGCACUGGGGUCAAUGUAAUCAACUUAAUCCCUUUGUCCUUGUUUGUCCCCUCUGUGUGUAGCCCCUUGUGGGCAGUAAAGAAAUAAGAAACUGAAACAAGCCCGUCGUAUAUAUAUAAAUGUUUGUGUAUCUGUGUUCCCCCCACCCCCCAACGUCGCUUGACAACCGAUGUUGCUGUGGUUACGUCCCCAUAACAUAGCAGUUCAGCAAAAGAGCCCAAUAGAAUAAGUACUAGGCUUACAAAGAAUAAGUCCCGGGGUCGAUUUGUUCGACUAAAGGUGGUGCUCCAGCAUGGCCACAAUCAAAAAAAAAAAACAUGGAGAAAAAUAUGACAUUAUGUUAGAACUCUCUCCUAAUACUUAAUAUAAUCUAACGUUUCAUAUAUAUACAACUAUAUCCGUAUUGUUGAUAUAAUAUUGAUAUUUUAAAUAAAAUCCAUUCCUUCAAAA